AAGCCGUAUAUCAUUGCUCAUGGAAGCUGAUCCCGAGUAAGUUGUUUCGUCUGGCCUGAUCUAACUCGUUAAGAAUUUGACUAGUGCAAACCGAUCGUAGACCAGCACGUAGCCAGUAACUCCACCCGGGACACUUGAAUUCAUAGCUUACUACUAGCUCUGUAGCUGAUAGAAUCACUUUGUUUAUACCUGACGACGGUACUGUAGCUAAGCUAGCUAGCUAGCUAGAAAAAUAUAGUCAGUUGUCGUUUUCUAAAUAUACAGGAAAUGUAGAGUUAUCUGUCUAAUGACGGAAUAAUGUUUCAACUAUUAUAGUCAUUUUUGCCUUCACAGUAUGUUCGGUGACAGGAUGACUUCACAGGAACUUAACUCUCCUGAGUCAACUGUCACCUCUCUUCUGGCGAGCUCUGGACAUCUGCGAAGUAGCUUACACCACGAACCACUGUUCACCGUCAGAUACAGGGACAAGGAUUUUGAAUCUGCGUCUGCGGCACUGGAUGCUUACAUCGCGGACUUUGAAAGGAGUGAGCUAAAAAGAUCUCCAACGAGAAUUCAGUUGCUGACAGAUCGGUCCACCAGCUCUUUUCCUAUCCGAAGUAGAGUCAGAAAUAAAGAUGUUCUUCAAGAGCAGCUGACAGACACUGAACUGGACUUCCUGACUCUCCCAGUGAGGGUCCAUCGCCAAGAUACAGACCGCCUCAGUGUGACCACUGACGACCUACUGGUCCUACCCUGUAACGGCUCCUUACCCAUCACCCGCACCUCUGCCUUCCUCUCCCAGUCAGGGGGGCAGUCUGGAAGCUACUGUCUGAGCCAGCACGCCCACUCCAAUUCCUCCAAUCGGCAUAGACCCAGACAAAGCAGCACAGACAUAGCUUGUGCCCAACACUCUGCCUGUUACAAUCUCCUCCGGCCUAGGCAACAAGCAAAGAGAGCCCCGACAUCAGAGACUUCAACAGGCCUUGGGCUGAAAAUCAGUCAACCAACCCAUCAUCAAGGCCUCAAACAGACAUCGGAGAGGGAUCCAGACGAUCCAGCCUCGCCCCACCACUACCCCCGCUGGAUGACCAGCCAGAAGGCUGACAUGGACAUGUCUGGCAUCACCAGUAUCCCCGACACGAAGUACCCUGCCUGGAUUCAGGAGUGCGGACUUCCCAUAGACACCCCCACCCACAAGUCGUCCCAUAAGAAGACCCUGACUAGUAGCCAGACUCGACCCCGCUCUCCGAAAGUGCCCUACUGGCUGGGGGAACUGGAGGCCUCUUAUGAGAAGCUGCAGAUGGAUAGCGUCGGCCAUUCUGGAGCUAGCAGUGAUUCCGGUGACCUGCAAGGAGACCCAACGGCUUCUCCUUUCAAAGGGGAGGCUCGUCCCAAGACGCUGAGGCAGCUGUUUGCUGAACAACCGAGCCAGACUGCUGGGGGCGACUGCAGGGAUAUGGAUAAUCUAUUCCGUGACGACAAAUUGGAGAGGUUGAUCCUGAAGGCUGAGGCGGCGCUGAGCUCUCCCUCUCUGGGUCUGAGCCGCCCCCGGCAGCCCGACGUGGACCCACCCAACAGCAGCGAAGACAGCCUGGAGGUGGACCGCUCCUGGGACAACCCUACUAUCACAUUUAAAUCACCAGUGCCAGUAGGGGGAGCUGACAGCCCAGCUAUUGCCGAAAGUCCUUUCAAUGACCGAAACGAGCAGGCUAAGGGCUCCUGCUCCUCGGGCUACAGCAGCAGGAAAGCCCCUGGUCCCGUGGAGGCCCUGAAGCAGAUGCUGUUCAGCCUGCAGGCCGUGGAGCAGCAGGUCUCCCAGCCUUCGGCGGACCAGGGACCAGACACAGCCGUGUCGGACACCAGGCACACAGUGGACGGGUGGACGGAUAGAAACAUGGACAGCGAGGCUGAAACCGCACAGAUAACUGGGACCGAGAUGGAGGCCUACGACACAGCGCCUGGCGGACAGUCAUUACAGAGGGCCCUGCAUCACCUUGGGAGACUGAAAAGUCUCGUGGAGGACCAUCAUGAGAAGAACACUCCGGAAGGAAAUGCUUCCUAAAGGACUUGGCUGCUGUUGUUUAUUUUAUUAUUAUUGAUGAAAUAUGUAUAUGCGAAAGAAUUGAAGCACAAAACGGGACUGAAUGUCC